GCAGUUAAGGUAUCAGAAACAGCUGAAGCAAUGACCACAGUAAGCUACGGAAUCAAAGAAUUGUCUGUCAAGCAUGAAGACAAGAUCAACUUGAAAUGGGCGAUGAUUAUUUUACUUUGCAGCCAUUUGAAAGACAACGGGAAGAUGUGAGUGUUGCUACUUUGCUUUACUUUUACAUCUCUCAAGUUCAAUAAUUGUCCUUGUUGGGAUUGAGAAGACUUUUCAAACAAUGACAAUGUUUUAGAAGAUGUGGAAGAAUCCCACAAGAAAGAAAAAGAAGAGUAUAUUAGUGGACACACUGUACUUAUUGCAAAGCCCAGCAAUAUUUUGGCCCAAUAUCCCACACUGUACUUAUUUGCAUUCAACCUCAUCUCUAAAUCCCACCAGACAAUGAAUCUUGACAGAUAAGGUUAGUAUCUAUCAUAUUCAAUGGAAAAGAAAUUAUCCCAAAUCAUAUUGCAGAACAAAAUUGCAACAUUAUUAAGUUUUUUCAGUGCAAAAGAGUGAAGAUGAAAAAUUCUCCUGAUGCUUGUAGUUGGUAAACAAGGCAGCUAGUUAUUUUGAAGGUGAAGAGACAGCUUGAAGAAGUUUUGGGCAUAUCUUAGGUAAAGUACAAUGAUUCUCUAUACCUUAUGCUUGUGGAUGCCUGUUUUCCUUCUGCCUUUUCUGCUUCUAAUCAAAAGAAAUAUGAAAGUUGAAUGCGAAAACAAGCAGCUUCCUCCAAGCCCUCACAAGUUUCCAAUUAUAGGCAACCUUCAUCAACUUAGAGGAUUGCCUCACUACUCUUUGUGGCAACUCUCCAAGAAAUAUGGCCCAGUCAUGCUUCUCCAAUUCGGUCGGGUACCUGCAGUUGUAAUAUCCUCAGCUGAUGCAGCAGAGGAGGUUCUUAAGGUAAAUGAUCUUCUUUGUUGCAGUAGACCUCCCUUAGCUGGUGCUGGAAGACUUUCAUACAACUACUUAGACAUAGCCUUUGCCCCAUAUGGUGAUUACUGGAGAGAGAUUCGGAAAAUAUGCGUUCUUGAGCUAUUUAGCACGAAAAGGGUGCAGUCUUUUCGGUUCAUUAGGGAAGAAGAAGUUGCUUUGCUGAUUGAUUCAAUCUCUCAGUUUUCAUCUUCAGCAAAUCCUGUUGAUCUUACUGAGAAGUUUUUGACACUUUCUGCAAAUAUAACGUUCAGGAUGGCUUUUGGGACAAACUUUAGAGAAACUGAUUUUGAAAAGGAUAGAUUCAAAAGGUUAGUUGAUGAUGCUCAGGCCUUGUUGGGAAGUUUCUCAGCAAAUGAAUACUUCCCACAUCUAGGUUGGAUUUUCGACAAGGUUUCUGGUUAUCAUACAAGGACAGAAAGAGUUUUCCAUGAAUUGGAUACUUUCUUCAAAAGGGUAAUUGAUGAUCAUAUUGAACUUGGACAUGGGAGGACAGACAAAGGAGAAGAAGACAUUAUAGAUGUGCUGCUAAGAACAGAGAAAGAGCAAACAGGAGUUGGUUCAAUUCAGCUUACAAAAGAUCAUAUUAAGGCAGUUCUCAUGGACUUAUUUUUGGCUGGAACAAACACCAGUGCAGUUGUCCUGAUCUGGGCUAUGUCUGAGCUGGCUAGGAAUCCAAGAGUGAUGAAGAAAGCACAACAAGAAGUCAGAGAUAUUAUAGGAAAUAAAGCAAGAGUUACUGAAAGUGAUAUUGGUGAGCUUCAUUACCUUAAGCUGGUAAUAAAAGAAACACUGAGAUUGCACCCUCCUGGUCCAUUUCUACUACCAAGAGAAGCCAUGUCAAAAUUUAAAAUCAAUGGUUAUGACAUUUAUCCCAAAACACUGAUCCAAAUCAACAUUUGGGCAAUUGGAAGAGAUCCUAAAUACUGGAAGGACCCAGAAGAAUUCUUUCCAGAAAGGUUUUUGGACAGCUCCAUAGAAUUUAAAGGACAAGAUUUUGAGUUUUUACCAUUUGGAGCUGGAAGAAGAGGCUGCCCUGCAAUUUAUAUGGGAACUAUAUCAGUGGAGCUUGUGCUUGCAAAUUUGUUAUAUUAUUUUGAUUGGAAACUACCAAAUGGAGGUGAAGGAAUCAACAUGGAAGAGAAAGCUGUACCUAGUCUCACCGUAUCGAAAAAGGAAGCUCUCCAACUUGUGCCUGUCAAUUUCCUGCAGUAGCUAUCUGAAGUGCAUUGCUUUGCUUGUGUGUACUCUUCAAAUUCAGUGAUUGCUUCAAGUUAUGUCUCUGUCUACUGUCUUAUUACAUUAAAUAUAUCGUACUUCUAACGUAUUGUGCCA